AUGGUUCAGAAUUCAGUUCAGUUUGGGGGUUCUCCGACAGAGGAUCAUAAUAUGCAUAUUCGGGAUUUCAUCGAGAUCUGCGACACUUUCAAGUUCAAUGGAGUUACUGAAGAUGCCAUCAAAUUGAGGCUAUUCUCAUUUUCUCUGAGGGAUAAAGCUAAGGGAUGGUUGCAUUCUCUACCUGCAGGAUCUAUUACGACAUGGGAGGAUCCGGGUCAAAAAUUUCUUACUAAAUUCUUCCCUAUGGCCAAAAUAGCUGCAAUCAGGAAUGCUAUCACUCAAUUUUCUCAGCAGUCUGGUGAAACUCUAUGUGAAGCUUUGGAAUGCUACAAGGAGAUGCUUCGAAAGUGUCCUCAUCAUGGGAUGCCGGAUUGGAUGGUGAUAGAUUGCAUCCAUUAUGGCUUGGGACCUCAAUCGAGGCCAAUGCUCGAUGCAGGAUCAGGUGGAGUUCUAUGGGCUAAGAGCUAUGAUGAAGCUUACGAGUUGAUCGAGAUGAUGGCUGCGAAUGAAUAUCAGAAUCCUACUCAACGUCUUCAUCAGGGCAAAGCAGCAGGAAUUCUGGAUAUCGAUGCUACUACAACCAUAGCUGCUCAGCUUAAGGCUCUUAUUAUGAAGGUGAAUUCUUUAGCAAACUUGGGAGUGCAUCAGCCACCUACUGUUUGCGAGCUUUGUGCGGGUACACAUUCUACUGAUCAGUGGGCCAUAUCUAGUGAAUCAGCUCAGUUUGUGAGCAAUUUUCAGAGUUCUCAGCACCCAGCCCCUGCCACUUAUCACCCCAAUAAUCGGAAUCAUCCGAAUUUCAGCUGGAGCAACAAUCAGAAUUUCAUGCAACAACCACAGCAACAGUUUGAAGCAUGGAGCUAG